CAAGCCCUUUUUGGGGGGAGCACAUCUUGUGACUAUCUACAGAAAUCUGCAUCUCAUCAACUGGGAAGGACUUGAAGGUUUGCGAUACAAUUUUUGAAGGGCCUGAAAUUAUUCUAAGGAAGACGCCCUGUUAGCCAGCGUUACUAGGGCCAGGAUUUCCAAGGCAGUUUUGGUGGCAUGGGUGGGACUGAAGAAGUGUGUUUGUGGGGGGAAAGGUUGGCUGAGCCCCCCAUAGGGAAGGGAUGGCCGGGCCAGAUGUGUCGGGGGACAGCCUGGCACAUGGGGUCCCAAUGCCACAGAAAUGUGGCUCGCUCCGAAGAGGCUGUCAUUAUGACAGCUAGCUCUGGUCAAUAGCUAACGGGAUCCCACUUAUGCACCCCGCUGAGCGCAGGUCAUGAAAAGUGGGGGGAAUGAUCCUUUGGGCUCCUGUCUGCAGAGUCCCUGCUAAUCCCCUUAGUCCAUUCUCAGUAUCCAUGUGGGCACCUAUCGACAUGUUCAGCUGGGUGGACUCUGUAGGAUUGGAGUGGGGUCUCGUGGGUUACAGCAGGGCAGCUGGGAGCCAGGAAUUCUGGGUUAUGUCCCUGGCUCUGGGAGGGGAGUGGGGUCUAGUGGUUCAGAGCAGGAGGGGCUGGGAUCCAGGACUCCUGGUUCUCUGGGGGUGGAAUGGGGUCUAGUGAACCUUCCUAUCAGCCUGUAUUGAAACUGCCAAAUUUGCCCCAAGGAGUCACCCAGAGCAGUAAUUUCUUCACCAGUCCCGAGUUUCUGUGACCUUCCAAAGAACGAAGCACCAGGGGUUGUCAUCCUGCUGUAGGCCUGAGACUGGAUUAAACUCCCCCCACCCCCAUAUUAAACCAGCGUUGCGUGAAACUCAGGGAGUUCACCACUAAAAUUAAAAAAAGAAGAAGAAGAAUGUUCUGCUGUUGGUAAAGCCCCCCACCUCAGGAAUGUCCCUAAUGAGCAUUACGCCCACCAAAGUGGUGAAGUAGAGACGCCAGGCACUGGGAAAUUAGGGAGGAUACGGAAAGAGACUCAAGAGAUGGGAAGAUAAGCUCUGACCAGCGUUUUAUGCUGACCUUCUGCACCAAGAGAGAAGGUCACAACUAAGUUACCAUUUGGGCAUAAAAGAUAAAAUGUAAAGAACGUGGGCAGGAAGAAGGACACAUAGGUGCCAGUGUGUAAUUGGUUAAAAUUUCUGUAAUUUAGGGGUGUGGGAUAUUGUGACAGGUUUAGUAAAUGUGAAGGAGGGAGCUAGUUUUACCUGUAUAAAAUGUAAAUGAAAAGCAAUGCUCCUUGGGAACUAUUUCCGGAUUGCAGUUCAACAUCAGGCUGCUGGAACUCUGACCCCUCUGCACGACCGAGAUGUGCAGAGGCAUCGCCGGGAACCCCCAGAUGAAUGAAUCCUGACUGGCCAUGGGCUGAAAUUUGUCUGGAUAUUGGGAGUGGAACUAGAAGCUAAGGCAAAAGUGGACAGACUUAAGCUCCAACUCAGGAGAAUAAAGGAACAACAGGAACUGUAUCAUCCUGGAAAGCCAGCUCCUCUCAACAACGAAGAUGGGGAUAGAAUCUAUCCAGUUUGUAAUGAUGUUUAUACGUUGUUUGACUCUAAGCAGUUGUUUGUGUGUAACCAAAUUUACCCCAACAUUGUCAUCUUUUAUAUAAAUGCUCUUACUGUGAGCUGGGGUGAAGGUAACCCCAUAAUUUGUGCAGUAAAAGUCAAUAGUAAAAGCAAAUUACAGCUUCUAAGAUCACUCUUGUUAAAGCAGAUCUUGUCAAAGAGGAAGAUUAUUGACCAAAUCAGAGUGUGACUAUUGUAAUCCUCUAUGAGUUAAUGUAAGUGUGUCUUUAGCCAGAAUCCAUCUUGAAUGGAAUGGUGUUAAACAUGAAAUUAUAGCUGGUGAGAGAAUGUUGUUGCCUAAGGAUCUUUUGUUUGGGGAUGAUGUUAAAGCUUUGUUCAGUCAGGUUGACACAAACCAGUCACAGGACAGAAAUAAUCCUGAAGCUGUGUCUACUGGGUCAAGGAUUUGCCUAUGGAGGGUUUCUCCAAAUGUUUGUCUGAGGAAGAUGGUUGUUUGUCUGUGCAAAGAAGCAGUGCAUAUGUGGAAGAAAUUUCUGAGUGUCUGGUAUCUCAGAGGUGAGUCUCUAGAGCAAAUUAAAGUUGGUGACCAGGUUAAAGCCCGAACCGAGAAAGGAAGGGGGACAGUCUUAGUGAGUGAUAAAUUGCUGGCUGGUAAAGUUUGGGGAAGUAAGCCUGACCCAGGUAAAAGUGAUGUGCUAAAAGUAACUCAGUGUAAAAAGACACUAUUGGUGGAAAAUAGCAGUUUAUCUGUUAAGGGAGGGGAAGGCAAAGAAAGUUUAGAUGAGCCUAGGCAGCCUUGUGAGCUGAUGGCUUUGUCUAAUCAGCAGUGUGGGAAGGCAAGGUUAGGGGAAUGUGAGUAUCCCUACACCUUACCUGUUAGCAGUGUGGAGAAUUGUGACAGGGAAGGAAACGUUCUUGUGUCUGUUCGGGGUAAUGACUUGCCCAUGAAGGGAGCUACCCCAAUCUCCAAGCAGUUGUCUGUGAAUAGCCAUGUGUGCUGGGACAAGGGAAAGGAUAUCCCAAGCUGUUUGUCUGUUAAAGGGGAAUGUUUCUCCAGCUCUUUUCUGUCUGUAAAGCAGACGGAAGAAGACUGUCAGCCUAUGAUGGUUAAUAAUUUGUCAGUUGACCCAGAGCUGAUUCUGGAUACAACGAAAGCCCAGGAAGGAAGUGGUCCUGAAUUUGUGUCUGCUAAGGAUGGUGACAUUGUAACUAGGUUGCAUCCAGUUGAUGUCAUAAAUAGCUCCCAGAGACCAAGCAAUUCUGCUACUUCUAUUUUGCCUGUUGCUAGUAUGUUACUGGGGAAAGAUAUGACAACCUUGUCUGAUCAGGGUGAUAUCAUAGCCAGGGCACAAGGAAAGCACGAAGGUGAUUUGACCAUGUUACUCACUGACAGUGUGGAAUCUUGUAACGAGGAAGAGAAUGCUUCUAAUCUUGUGACUAAGAAGUCUAGCAGUUUACCUGAAAGGGGGGUUUGUGAAAAUCCUCCUGAUGGGGCAGAGGUGAUUCUGGAUUUAAGAGAGACCCAGGAAGAGUCUGUUGUUGCUCAGGAAAAUGUUCCUUUACAGCAAGCCUUUAGGUGAAAAGGGUACGGGCAGAAUUUCUGUGAAAACUGGGUUGUUGCUUAGAAAGAUUCCUGAAGAGAAAAGUCUUUGGGGUAGUUUUUGCAAGCAGUUUGCUGCAAGUGGUGGGUGUGGAAGUGAUCUGAUUGAGUUAACUCAGGGUGGGUCACUAUAUAGAGAAAACAACAGUUUGUUUGGGCGACUUGUUCCAGAUCCUAACUGCGAGCGUCUUUCUGAGGUGUACCGAUCCACUGACUUUGCCUUAGAAAGACCCUGUGUGGAUAGUUUUGAAAAGAUUUCUGUCCGGGGGGGUCACCCACUCCGGCCCUGAAGGGCUUAAACUAGCCCAGCAGAGGGCUGUGGAUGGGAGCAAGCAGUUCCCAGGCUGACUGGGGGAAGCAGGCCCAGCUGUGGCCACACCCCAAUCAGGGCUCAGCUGGCCCUUAUAAGAGGGCAGUGGGCCGGAAGCAAGACAGAGUCUCCUCCAUCUGUGGAGGGAGAUGGGCCUGGCUGCUGGGGAGUGUACCUGGGUACCUGAGGUGGAGCAGCGCUGGGGAAGGCCUGGGGAGCUCCAGCCUGGAAACUCCCCAGGCUGCAGGCCUAGUGGAAGGCCAAAAAGGGUACUGGGGUUGCAGAGGGCAGCCCACGGGUAGGCAGAGGCAGCAGGUCCAAACCCCACUUGCCUGUGAUGAUUGGCUUAUACACCGCAGUCUGCCCCAGCGUGCGGCUCAAUGGUGACUGGCAGUAGCCAAAGACUGAG